AAAAAUUGAUAAAAUUAAAAUAUUCAGAACUUGAUAUUUUGUCAUUGAUUUAGAAUUUGAUUUGCUAUUAUUAAUACUGGCAUUUAGAUCGUCAUAACAGUGAUUGAUGUAACAUCAUACAUCAGCAAGAUCUAGCUCACAUAACUUGGUGAUCAUGUCUGGUCGUGUUAUUCUCAUCACUGGGGGGACAUCUGGUAUUGGAUUUGAGACUGCAAGGCACCUAGCUGAGGGAGGCCAUGAUAUUGUCAUAACCUGCAGAGAUAGAGAGAAGGGAGAUGAAGCCUGUGCUAGGAUACAAGCAAAAUGGCCAAAUGCUUUAAUUGAGUUCAUGGAGCUGGAUCUGUCCAGUAUGCAGUCAGUGAAGGAAUUUGUGAAAAUCUUUACCAAAAAGAAAAGGAGACUACAUGUCCUGAUCAAUAAUGCAGGUAUGGCACCUAAUUUCAAAGACCUCAGCAGGAGAUGUACCAGUGAAGGGCUUGAGUAUGUUAUGGCAACCAACCACUUAGGUCACUUCCUGUUGACCAAUAUGGUUCUAGACUACCUUAAGACAGCUGGUGAGAUUACUGGAGAUGCUAGGAUUGUAAAUGUCACAUGUGGCCUUCAUGAUCAUGAAAAUGGGGGUCUGCUCAUGAGAGGAAUUGGUUUCUUAGAUCCAGAGAAUUUCACACUGAAGAAAGAAGGCUCUUACAAUGGUCUACAAGCCUAUAAGAAUUCAAAACUCUGCAAUGUGCUGUUCACAUUUAAACUUGCGGAGAAAUUACAUAAUACCUAUGUACGUGUUAAUACAGUUGAUCCAGGUGUGAUUCCUACAACCCACCUGAAGAGGAAUGCCAGUAAACUCUCUCAAAGUAUGUCAUGUUGUUGCAUGAACUACACACCAAAGUGGUCCAGUAAGGUCCGAACUGCCAAACAAGCUGGGGCACACAUAGCAGAUUUAGCUGUCAGUGAACGCUUUGAUGGUGUGUCAGGAAAAUAUUUCCGCGAUGGCCAUGAGGAAAGAGCUGGUACUGAAGCAUAUGAUACAGACCUCCAAUCUGAAGUUUGGAAGCUUAGCAAGAAAUUAACAAAGUUUAGAACUGACAGUGAAUUUGAAGAAGUCAGCUUGAACUAAUACAUAGUAUGCAUAUUAUUUCUAUAAGAGGCCAAUUGUGUACACUCUGCACGAGCUUGGCUUUGUCAAUUGGUCAACCCUAUUUUUAUGUAAGAGAACACUUAUAGCUGGGGAUGUGACAAAGAUAAUGUUGACUGAAGUAGGGAUGCAUCUCUGGUACUAACCAUACCCCAUGAGUUUGCUCAACAGGGUGGUAUUACAGCUAGGGAAUGGGGCCAUAUGUAUUAGUGAGCUUGAGGGUAUGGUGAGGACUGGUUAGUACCCAUGUACCCAGCCUACUGGAAGCCCCAUAUGAAGAGUGACAAAAGGUCCAUGUGCAGUAUGG